AUGAACAGCCCCUUGGAGCAGUUUCGACAAUGGCUGGACCUGAGGAAAGGGGUGGGCAGAGGUGCUGGUGGCAGAGGAGAAGCCCAAGCUCAAGGCCAACCCCGUGAUUCAGCCAUGGCGCCUGUGCAAUCAAGUGUUGGCCCAUCUAGGGAUGAGCCUAGAGUGUUUGGCCUUGACAAGUUCAAUGGUGACAACUUUGCUCUGUGGUCCUUCAGAAUGGAGAUCAUAUUUGACCACUAUGACCUGCUGGAGGUAAUGGAAGGAACGGAGAAGCGUCCCGAGAACGACCCGGAGAAUAGCCCGUGGGUGUCGAAGAGCGCACAAGGCUACCUCCUACUUGGGCAAGCGUUGGGGAGCAGCCAAAUCCGUCACAUCAAGCCUUUCCAGCGUGAACCAGAGAAGGGACCAAAGGCAUGGGCUGCUCUCAAGGGUGUACACGCUCCUGCAACAGCGGCGAUAGCUGUGGUGUUAGAACGACAAAUGGCGACACUACGGAUUGAAGAGGAUGAAGCGGUUGAAGAAGGGGUGCAGAAAUUCUUCGACUUGUUGACGCGGCUUGAGGGAGCUGAUUUGAACUAUAGUGAGCUCCAAAAGAAGACCAAGUUGCUGGCCCUACUCCCUGAGUCAUGGUCCUCGCUCAUCAUCAACCUUAAUCGCGAUUUGCCCCGCCUCUCGCUUGAAGACGUGAAGCGAGCUAUCCUUCAAGAGGAUUUCCGCCGCUGUGAGUUGGUGAGUGCGGAUGGCGCUGAGGCAGCGAGCAUCAGCCAUGGAUAUGGUCAGGGAAGAGGUAGAGGACGAGGGGGAGGAAGGUUUGGUGGCAGCAACUUCGGCGGAGGCGGCGGGAGUGGCGGUUACGGCAGCGACGACAAGAGCUACGGACGCGGUCGCGGCCGAUUCGACGGCGAGUGUCACUAUUGCCACAAGAGAAGACACAUGUGGCGCGACUGCUACAAACUCCCUGAUGGUUGGACCCCUGAUCAAGCCCAAGAGGGAAGAGGAGCAGGAGGAGGGAGAGGAAGAGGCCGUGGAGGCCGUGGCGGUCGCGGUGGCGGAGCUGCAAACAUGAAGAGCGGAGACAACGACAAGGACCUGAGCAACGAUCAGUACCCGGAUCUAGUCUACUUCGUUUCGACGCAAGUACCGACUGGUCCAGAGAAGGAUGAAGGCUUUGAGGAGCCAGCAGCUGUGGGGAAGGUGACUCUACACCCUCUGGACUAUUGGGUGAUCGAUAGUGGCGCUACCUAUAGCAUGACACCUCACCCGGACAUGCUCACCAAACUCGAACCGUCACCGGUGAAGCAUGUCACAUCAGCUUUGGGGCAGCGAGCGGAGGUGAAAGGCAUGGGCAAGGCCAUGUUUAAGGGUGCUAUGUUGGUGUAA